AUGGCAGUCUCAGACCGAUUCAACCUUGCCCUACAGAAGAACAAGGAGUGGGCCGACAAAGUUUCCAAGGAGCAGCCCGACCUGUUUCCCCGACUGGCGGUUGGCCAGUCCCCUGAGAUCCUCUGGAUUGGCUGCUCUGACUCCCGCUGCCCUGAGACCAGCCUUCUCGGGCUGAACCCCGGUGAUGUCUUCGUGCACCGUAACAUCGCCAACAUCCUGCAUGCUGGUGACUUGAGUUCGGGGGCGGUGAUCGAGUAUGCCGUGCGUCAUCUGCGGGUCAACCACGUUGUUCUGUGCGGCCACACUAGCUGCGGUGGUGUGGCGGCCGCCAUGGGCAACAAGCAGCUGGGCAUCCUGGACCCCUGGUUGCUGCCUCUGCGGCAGAUCCGCCAGCGUAAUCUGGGCCUUCUGCAGACCCUCUCUCCCGACGAGGCGAUGCUGAAGAUGGUCGAGUUGAAUGUGCAGGAGGGUGUGGAUAUCCUGAAGCAGAAGAGCGUGGUGCUGGAGGCGAUGCAGGAGCGAGGACUGCAGGUGCACGCUCUCAUUUAUGAUGUCGGAUCCGGUGUGCUGCGGGAGCUGAAUACCGAUGAAACGGAAGAGUCCAUCAAGGCUCGCCUGGUGUCCUUCAAGACGGACGUUUAG